AUGUUGAGGACGGGCGACCAGUUUGCGGCGUACAAUUUCCGCGAGUACGCGAAGCGCAGGACGAGGGAUGCGUUCCGGGAGAACAAGGACGUGACGGACCAGCGGAGGGUGCAGGAGCUGAUCCAGAAGGGGCUGAAUGAGCUCACGGCGAUGAAGGUGAGGUUUUUUUACUCUGAGGCUGCGGGAGAUAUCCUUGGGCGGUUUAUCCCGUUGGGUGCCUUGGUGGCGAUACUUUGGCUGCAGACGGGACAAGGAACACUUUUGGCUAACGAGGUGACUGCGCAGAGGCAAACGGUCGUCAGCCAGUUCUUCCAGUUUGACCGGUUAGUGGUUGAGGGCGGUGCCGCGGGCAAGCAGAAGGGGGACAAGGGCGAUAUCGUCAGGCAAAAGGAUCAGGGGUGA